AUGGCAGCUCUCCGCUCUACCUCGUCGCGGCUCCUGGCCACGGCAUCGCGACCGGCUUUCGUCAAGCCUGCCGCCGUCUUCUCUCGCUCCAUGGCCUCGGUAGGUGACGCUACCGUUGAUGCCACCCCCAAGGGCUCCUCCGAGUCUCGCCUGAAGAAGUUCUCCAUCUACCGAUGGAACCCCGACCACCCCACCGAGAAGCCACGGAUGCAGACGUACACUCUCGACCUCAACAAGACCGGCCCCAUGGUCCUCGACGCCCUGGUGAGAAUCAAGAACGAGUCUGACCCCACCCUGACUUUCCGAAGAAGUUGCCGAGAGGGCAUCUGCGGUUCCUGCGCCAUGAACAUCAACGGCACCAACACACUGGCCUGCCUGUGCAGAAUUCCCACCGACACCAACAAGGAGCUCAAGAUCUACCCCCUGCCGCACACCUACGUCGUCAAGGACCUGGUUCCCGACUUGACCCACUUCUACAAGCAAUACAAGUCUAUCAAGCCGUACCUGCAGAGAGACACUCCCGCUCCAGAUGGCAAGGAAUACCGCCAGAGCAAGGCUGACCGAAGAAAGCUGGAUGGUCUCUACGAGUGUAUCCUGUGUGCUUGCUGCUCGACAUCCUGCCCCUCUUACUGGUGGAACGCCGAGGAGUACCUCGGUCCCGCCAUCCUGCUACAGUCUUACCGAUGGUUGGCCGACUCGCGUGAUGAGCGCAAGGCCGAGCGAAAGGCUGCGCUUGACAACUCCAUGAGCUUGUACAGAUGCCACACCAUUCUCAACUGCACAAGGACUUGCCCCAAGGGCUUGAACCCCGGUCUAGCCAUUUCCGAGAUCAAGAAGGAGAUGGCCUUCUAA